UUUCAGCCCUCUCUUUCUUUCUUUCUUUCUUUCUUUCUUUCUUUCUUUCUUUCUUUCUUUCUUUCCUUUUCUUUCUGUCCUUUCUGUCUGCAGGAAGAGAGGGAGAGGGAAAAAAAAAUGCCCUUCUUUUGGGCAAGUCUUCGCGGUGCAAACUUUUCUUCGCAUCGGCCCAGAUGCGAAAGGGAGGGUUUGUAAAACUUUGUUGACCCCGCCAGUGUGAGAUCUGGCAGAUCCUUUCCUUAAAAACCAAACAACCCAACAAGUCCUUUCUCCUCUUCUUUCUUUCUUUCUUUCUUUCUUUCUUUCUUUCUUUCUUUCUUUCUUUCUUUCUUUCUUUCUUUCUUUCUUCUUCUUCUUCUUCUUCUUCUUCCUCCCUUUCUCGCUCCCUUUCUUCCUCAGAAUAUUUGGUAUGCGCCCCUCUCUGCCUCUCUGCUUAUUUUUCCUACCCUCUUCGCCCAGGAGAAGAUUCGGAGCUGCCUCCUGGAGCAGGCGGCGGGGGUGAGAUUGUCCAAGAAAGAAAAACAAAGGAAAAAAGAAGGAGGGAGAGGAAAAAAAAAUAAGGUGAAGAAGAAGAGACCGGAGGGGGAGUUGGCACCGGCCUCUCCUGCCCGUCCCUCACUCUCUCUUUUUGCAGUGAUGGCCUUUGAAUACUCUGGGCUUGGAUUUUAUAUGGCUUUGCACCUCUGCUUUUGGGAACUCUUGUUCGUAGACGGACUCAGCCUGGAACCCAUUUACUGGAACACUUCGAACAAAAAGUUCCAGAACGAGGGGGGCUACGUCUUGUACCCCCAGAUCGGGGACCGCUUGGACCUUAUCUGCCCCCGCUCCGUGCCCCUCGGCCCGUUCUCCACGGAGGACUACGAAUACUAUAAGUUGUACCUGGUCCAGACCGAGCAGGCUGAGCGCUGUGAGAUUCUGCACGCCCCCAACUUGCUCCUCACCUGCGACCGGCCCGAACACGACAUGCGUUUCACCAUCAAAUUCCAGGAGUACAGUCCCAACCUCUGGGGUCACGAGUUCAAGUCCAACCAGGACUAUUACAUCAUCACCACUUCAGAUGGUACCAAGGAAGGUCUGGAGAACUUGAAAGGGGGCGCCUGCUUGUCCAAAGGGAUGAAGGUGAUGCUGAAAGUCGGACAGCAUCGCAACACGGGUUCCAAAUCCAUGCCCGCCACCCCUGCUGAGAAGGACCGAGGGAUGCCGGGUGCCGCCGAACCAAACAAGGAAAUGGUCCCAGGACCCCCAUCUGGAAAUACGACCGGGAAAGUGGGUGGCGAGAACGGUCCGUUGCCCCAAUCCAACGUACCCAUCAUCGCUGGUGCUGCUGGAGGAGCAGCAUUCGUCUUGCUGGUGGCCGCGGCGGUGACGGGGGCCCUGUGUUACCGCCACCACCGGGCCAAGCACAGUGAGUCCCACCACCCGCCGUUGUCUCUCAGCACCCUGACCAGCCCCAAGCGAGCUGGCGGCGGAGGGGGCGCCAACAACAACGGCUCGGAGCCGAGCGAUAUCAUCAUCCCGCUCAGGACUUCAGACAGUGCCUUCUGCCCACAUUAUGAGAAGGUGAGCGGCGAUUACGGUCACCCUGUCUACAUUGUGCAGGAGAUGCCACCGCAGAGCCCGGCCAACAUCUACUACAAAGUAUGAGGCGAGGGGGGGCUGAGCUGAGCCCCCGCGGGUGGCCUUGGAGCGCCGUGGUGGGCAGGCAAGGACAUUCGGAUUGGAGGGGACGCCACGGGACAUUACCCUUCCUGCCCGUUUUCGUUCACCUCGGAUGCUGCACACCGAAGGGUUCAAUGCACAGGUGCCUGGUUCACCCCCAGUUAUUUUGGGGGGGGACCCUGGAACUGAUAUGGCUGCUGCCACAAGAGAGGCAGGGACUCGUCUCUCUUCGGGAUCCAGAACGAGAGAUGCAACUCCUGUCUGAUCACCUACGAGCGAAUUUGAUAGCGACAGCCCUUCCCCAUCGAUUCCACGGCAAGGUCCAGCCCGUGUGUGAAGCUUGGGCUCCCACCGGGGUGUGCCCAGCUGCCAAAACAGAUUUGGGAGUGGAAGACGGAGAGAGCGCCCCUCCCUUCCUUUGCAAUAAUUCAAUCUGAUUGCCUUGUCCGUCUCUCUCUCUUCCGCUCUCGUCUCCCUUUGACAGUUUGCUCAUGGGCCGUGCUGAUAAGGUUAGACAUACGGGGAGGGAGGGGUUAAAAGUAAGCCCCCUCCCAGCGGCUCUAAAAGGUUGCAUUUGUUGUUAGUGCCACAAAUCAAAACAAGGAACACUGCAGGUCUGCCUUAUUCCCACCACCAUCGUGUGACCCUCCCCAGGAGCAGCAUUUCAAACGUGUUGUUUUCGUUUUGCUUUGUUUUUUUUUUUAACUUUGAAAGUUCGCACCCUUUUGGUAUUUUUGCAACUGUUGCCUCUGCAAGAUCUCUCCUUACUUUCCCUCGCGGAGGUUCCUUCAGGUUGUAGCCUUGCAGACAAAGGCACUCGUCCGUUCCCCAGUUGCAAUUCUCAUCCCCAAUUGUCCGUUCCUCCAUGUAUGUGGGGGGGGGGGAUGCACACGUGUGAAUCAGGAUGGGUGGAGAUCCCCUUUGUCUCCCCACCUUUGGAUGGGGAAACCCCAUUGGCUGACAACAGAGCAAUCCACAGGUUGGGAUCUGUGGCUGGGAAAGGCAUCCUGGUUUGUUUAUCCUUCAGCAACCAUUUUGGAAGUCUUUGAUGGUUUUGCCGCUUGAAGGAGAGGACAAACAAAAUGGUCCACUUUCCCACCCAUCCACAUCGGAAGCAGGAUGGGGCGAUGAAUUCCUCCAAAUUUUUAAUGUCUCUCUCUCUCUUCUCGUGCCUCCCCCCCCCCAUCGCCAUUCAGGAAGGGAUUUCCUCAACUUUUGAUGGAGUUUUGACGAAGUGGCAACAUAUUGUGUGUGAUGUUUAGUGGCACGCCGAAAGAGGCGGGACUUCUUGUGUUAGACUGGGAAACGUACGUGGCUCAACUUUCCUGCUUUUUCAGGGGAAACUGUGGUUUUUUUCAGCUUUAACAGAUUUUAAUUUUUAUUUUAUUUUAUUUGGUUCUUUUGUUUCCGUUUUCUUUUUUAUCUGAAACGUUUUCUUAGUUUUUCUUGGUGGAAUUUUACUGUUGGACAUUGUUGAUUAUAGACGUUCUCGUGCAACUGGUCUCAGACUCGUCUGGUUAUUUCCUCCGAUCUCCUCUCAUUAAAAAAAUAAAAUAAAAUAAACUGCU